GAAGUCUAAUCUCAUUAGUAGUUGUUCAGACAGCCUCCGUAUUGCAGCGAUUUGAGGCAUAAUCAUAAAUCAUGCUACAAUUUUUCGAAGAAUACUGAAAAAUCACUGCAGUAACUGAUAUUCAGUUGAUCAAAUAGUACGCGAAUAGUCUUACAUAAUAUUGUACGCCCUAUUGCCAGUAUUGGCAAAACCUUCAUCACAGAGAAGAUCAUCAUCGUCAUUUCGAUGAACACGAAGAUAUCCUUUGGUCCAAAGUUUGAACGUGGCUGCGCGUACUCAGAGCUUCCGUGACGAAUUACGAAAGACACAAAACACCUCGGAGUCAAGAAGACUUUUCGUUUGCUGGUUCGGUUAUACGAUAACGUUAGCAAGUAAAAUGUCAGGACUUUCAACAGGACGAAUUGUCGGUAUCGUUGUAGCUGUUGUUGUGUUGUUCGUGUUGGGAUUUUUAAUAGGCUGGUUUUCGGCGCCAAGGGAUUCAGAUGAUUCAUCCGGUGAAAAAUUUGACAUGAAAUAUAUCGCGAAAAAGCGCAAGGAAGAAAUAAAGAGGAAAAAUGAUUUUCAUAAGAAGCUGUUCGAAUUGCUGGACGCGGAGAAAAUCGGAGAAAAUCUGAGGUAUUUUUCAGAGCGACCCCACGUUGGAGGAACACCACGUUCAAAGGAAUUGGCAGAUGAGAUCGAAAAAAGAUGGAAGGAAUACAAAUUUGACAAAGUGGAACAACCGGAAUAUGAUAUACUUCUACCUUACGUUCAACCAAACGUCUCGAAUUCCGUACAGAUUUUGAAUUCCACUCGGGAUGUGACUUUCGAGUUCUCCGGACCAGAGAAGUUGGCAGACCCGAGCGAAAAAGACACUACGAUGAUCCCACCUUUACUGGGUUUUGCAAAGCAAGGAUCGGCCGAAGGGACACUGUUGUAUGUAAAUUAUGGAAGAACUGAAGAUUUUCAAGUAUUGAAAAAUAACUUCAGUAUCGCAAACUGCAGCGGCUACAUUGUCAUCAUGCGAUAUGGAAAGAUAUAUCGCGGCGAUAAGGUAAAAAAUGCCCAGGAAUGUGGUGCGGAAGGUGCCAUUUUAUACAACGAUCCUAAAGAUUACGCAAUAUAUGGUCAAGACAAGGUCUACCCAAAAUACAUUUGGCUUCCAAAGACGGGCGUCCAGCGCGGAAGCAUAUUUGGAGGUCGUGGAGAUCCGCUGACCCCUGGUCUACCGUCGGUCGAAGGGGUAUUCAGAAUACCGGAAGUAAAGGCUGGACUGCCCAAGAUCCCGGCUACACCGAUGCCAUACGGAGAUGCUGUUAGACUAUUGGAGAUCAUGGAAGGUAAAGAGGUUCCUGAAACAUGGAAGGGUGCAUUGAACAUCUCGUACAAACUUGGUAACGGUGGUCUAAUGAACAACAACACUGUCAAAAUUCAAGUAAAUGUGCCCAACAAACGUCAAAAUGCGUAUAACGUUAUCGGCACCAUAUAUGGUAAAGAAGAACCUGAUCGUUGGGUACUGAUAGGGAAUCAUAGGGACGCUUGGGGAUUUGGAGCAGUGGAUGCGUCCAGCGGAACGUCAGCAAUGAUGGAGAUAUCACGUGGUGUAAGCGAACUCUUAAACCAAGGUUGGCGCCCAAGACGCACCAUCAAAUUCUGCAGCUGGGGAGCAGAGGAAUCAGGUUUGAUAGGAUCAACGGAAUGGGUGGAAGAAAAUGAACGAGCGUUGUCAACAAAAGCAAUAACCUACAUAAAUGUUGAUAUCGCAUGCGAUGGUAACCUAACCUUAAAGCUGGCCGGUUCCCCCCUGCUUAAGACAGCAAUUUAUGAAAAUGUUAAAGAAGUCGACGAUCCGCAUGGGGAAAAAGUAUACGAUCAAAUGAAGAAAUCGAACGUCACUUAUCGCAAUUUGGGUUCGGGUUCAGAUUACGCCAGUUUUUAUCAAUUUUGUGGAGUGCCAUCCUUGGACAUGACCUACGCUGGUAAGGUGUUCUACCCCGUUUAUCACACAGUCCACGACACGUACAAAUGGCUCCAAGGCUUGAUCGAUCCCUACUUCAAAUUCCACCUAACCACAGCUAGAGUUGCGUCAAAACUGUUGAUGUAUACGGCUGACAGUUUUGUAUUACCGUUCGAUGUCACAGAGUAUGGCAAAUCUCUUAACCGCUCACUGAAAGCACUGAGGAAAAAUCAUGGGAAAGAACUUGAAAAGAAGGCCACCUUAGAUUACAUUGAGAAUGCAAUAAAAAGAUUCGAAGAAGAAGCGCAGAAAUUCCAAGCGGAAAAAGAGAAAGCACUCGACGAAAAAGAUGACGUAAAACUACGAGAUCUCAAUGACCGUAUGGUCAACGUUGAAAAAUCCUUCAUCAGCGCCCCGGGCUUGCCAAAUCGACCAAUCACAAGGCACAUUGUAUUCGCGCCAUCUGUCAACAAUGCCUAUGGUAGCACCAGUUUUCCGGGAAUCUCUGAUCUGAUGUUUAAGCAGCAUAAAACCGAUCAGGAUUGGUUGGAUAUCAAGGAGCAGAUGUCUGUUGUAUUCAAAGCGAUUUCGAGUGCAACAGAUACACUGAAAGCCGAUGCGAACUGAAAACCAGGAAUGACUACUAAAGAUACUUUCUUUCGUAAUGUUUAGAGCAUGCACGUUGUAGUAGAAAUCAUUGUUUAGGACAGCAGUUUUGGAAAUGCACGACACUUCUCGGAUGCCUGCAUGUCUAAGAUUACACUAGGGAAAUAUAACAUUUAAAU